CCCAACGGCGGAAACUCACAAGAUUGUACGAAAAUGAAAAAAGGAAACGGCCAGUGGGAUGAUAAGAAAUGUUCUGACAAGGGUACCAAGUACUACUACGUUUGUGAAACUCCAACGCUGACCACCCAUUCUCCACCUCUUACUACUGCGUCAUCCAUGCAAUGCCAGUCAUGCUGGACUCGUAGUGGACUGAGUUGUUACCUUCUUGUUACAGUGUCUAAAUCUUGGGAUGCAGCAAGGGCAGACUGCAUUAGUAAAGGAGGAAAUCUCACAUCCAUCACAUCAGCCGACGAAAACUCUUUUGUUCUAAGCUUGAGAGGAACAUUCACAGAUGACAUAGAGGACGCAUGGAUUGGUUUGCAUGAUCAAGUUGUUGAGAAUACGUUUGUAUGGAUAGACGGCACAAAUAGCACAUACACAAACUGGAACACUGGAACCAAUGAACCCAAUGACUUUGGUGGUGCAGGUUGUGUAAGAAUAGCAUCUGAUGGAACGUGGAAAGAUCAGAAGUGCGGAGACUUGUAUCCAUACGUGUGUAAGUAUAAGCUCACGCUCCCUACAUAUACCACACAAAAUCCGACAACUUUGUUAGCUACGACAUCAGUUACUACUUUGGCUGUUACAAGUGAUGUUGCACCAACUAGCAAGUCUUCUAUUACAAACUCUCCUUCUACAGCAAGUUUGGUUACCCCAUCUCUGACCACUGUUGCAGCCACUACAGUUCGUGCUACGACUAGUAGACCUACCGCACCUUUGCCAAUUACAACAAAAUUGACAGUAUCGACAAAUGGUGCAUCAUCAACUACUCUUGAGGGCAGUACACAAUUGUCUACUAUUAUGUCUACGUUUGUGUCAAUGGCAAAGGGAUCCACGUCAGUUACAACAGUCGUUUCACGGCCAACCAGUCCUGAAGUCAGUACACAACAGUCCACGACAACUCCAACUACGCAUGCGUCAUCAAGAGAGUCUUCAAGAGCAGAUAAAUCUACAACUCGUAUAUCAACAGCACCUGUUGCUCGCGUUAACAGCAGUCUUUCUACGUCAACGCUACUUUCAUCCGCUUCAACGAAAACAGCAGACACAAACAAAUCAACUUCUUCAAACAGUACAUUGUACGGUGGAGUUGCUGCUGCCGUUGUCGUUAUCGUUGUAGUCGCAUCUUUACUUUUUGCUUUUCUCUUCUGGCGGAGACGAGCAAACAAGCAGGAUCCUGAGGCGUUUCAACUACAGUUGUCAGGCGCCCGCUUUACUAAACGCGAAUCAGAGGACGUUUACUGUGAACCUACAACAACAAUAAUCGACAAACCAACACAAGCACCAAUUCAAGAUGCAAGCAAAUCUGUUUCUAAUGGUACAACGGCAAACGUUCGUUUUACGAAACACGCAUCAACAGUGGAGGUAGAACUCUACUGUGAGCCUAUAACGACGAUGGCGAACAAACCAACACAAGCACCAAUCGAAUCACUCGUGGAUGAGAGUGAAUAUCUUGUGCCCGCCUUUACAGAAAAGUUGGAAAAAAGGCAAUCAAGCAAUCGAUCAACGAGCAAUUGCGUUGGCGUAAACACCACAAAUGAGGAUAGAUACGAACGCAUUAGUGACAAAUGUUGGACAGAACGAGACGUCAAACAUGCAGAAAUUGUAAGCGAAAGUGUCGAUGCUCAAAUGGCAGUCUACGCGGUGUGUUACGCAGACACUGAAUCUGAUGUGAAUGAUGUAGAGACCACAACACGGGAGCACAACGCAUUUACAACGUCAAUGAAAUCAGACGAUGAUGAUAAAUAUUGGGAACCAGCCUUUACAGAACGGGAACUCUACGGUCAACUUGAGAGACGACGAUUCAGACACAUCGACAGACGUGACCUCAUCGACAGAAAAGAGAUCGGAUCGGGAGAAUUUGGCGUUGUAGAGAAAGCAGUGUGGCAUGUGAAUGAUAGAGAGAAGUUAUCAGUGGCGGUCAAGACUCUGACGAAUGAAGCUGAUGUUAAUGAUCGCGUCAAGUUUCUUCGCGAGGGAGCGAUUAAUGGUCAAUUUCGCCAUCGAAACGUCGUUCGUCUCCAUGGUGUUGUCACUAUUGGAUCUCCUAUCAUGCUGGUUUUGGAAUACAUGCAGAAUGGUGACAUGAAGAACUACCUUGUGAACCAAAGCUUGAAUGGCAAGUGUAGUUGUCCCGGAUUCGACAAAACGCUGCUAAACAUGUGUCGUGAUAUCGCAAGUGGAAUGAGAUAUCUUUCACGCAAGUCUUUUGUUCACAGAGAUUUAGCUGUAAGAAACAUUUUGUUGGGCAAAGAGCUGACGUGCAAGAUUGCAGAUUUUGGCAUGGCACGUGAUGUUUCUGACAACAACUACUACGUAGCUAAAGGUGGAAAGGUUCCAAUAAGGUGGUGUGCACCUGAGACAUGGAAUUACAAGCGUUUUUCGUCUGCCAGUGACGUGUGGAGCUAUGGAGUUGUUUUGUAUGAAGUUUGGUCAGUAGGACAACGCCCUUUUGGGUCAAUCAGCAAUGGCAAGGUAAUGGAAAAGGUUGAAGCUGGAUAUCGUCUUCCUCCUCCUCCGGGAUGUUCUCGUUCUCUUUAUCAUCUUAUGAUUGACUGUUGGCAUCCCGAUACCCAUGAAAGGCCAAGCUUUGGAAACAUAAUGCAGAGGCUUGCAGCGUCUGAAGACUUUCUACUGACUAACACACAAGGAGAGGCUUCAAUUGAGGGAAACCUCGGUGACACGCUGGACGUUGUCAGGAAGCAAAGUGUCAACAAUAUCAUCCCAGGUGUUGCAACCAGUCUUGUUGGAGAAAUGCAGAAUGUUAUUCAAAUUCGUUUAAGAGGCAUCAUGGUAUUUGCGUCACUAAACUCGUUUCUGUUGGUCGCUCUCGUUCUUCAAUCGUUGACUGAGGUUCCAGGUUGUUCACCAGGAUGGACCAGCAGUGGCAAUAGCUGCUAUCGCUAUUUUUCUACCAAGAGAAAUUGGGAUUCUGCUGAAGCUGAUUGUGUGAGCCUAGGCGGUCAUCUCGUAUCCAUCACGUCGAACGCCGAGAAUGGUGUGGUCUUUACGUUCAGAGGAACGAAUAGAAGAGACUAUGUUUGGAUUGGAUUGAAUGACAAGGCUGUAGAAGACUUGUUCGUAUGGAGUGAUGGUACCAAUAGUUCGUACAGACACUGGUCUAACGGUCAAACCAACAGUGAUGGUUUAGACUGCACGAGAAUGGAAUCGGACAGCGAGUGGGCUGUAAGAAAGUGCUCUAGCAGCUAUUAUUACGUUUGUGAAUCUCCAGCACCGAUCACGACCACGCACUCACCGACUACAAUCGCAUCAUCAAUGCAAUGUCAAUCAGGCUGGACUCGUAGUGGACUGAGUUGUUACCUUCUUGUUGCAAUACCCAAAGCUUGGGAUGAGGCAGAAACAGACUGCAUCAAUAAAGGAGGGCAUCUCACUUCUAUCGCAUCAGACAACGAGAACUCUUUAGUUUUAACUUUGAGAGGAACAUCCACAGCAGACACAGAUGACGCAUGGAUUGGCUUGAAUGAUAGAGUCUUGGAGGAUACGUUUGUAUGGAGUGACGGCACGCAAAGCACGUACACAAACUGGGAUGGUUCGAUCAGCGAGCCUAAUGGCAGUGGCGAUUGUGCGAGGAUAGUAUCUGAUGGAACAUGGAGAGAUCAAAGGUGUACGUCUGUAUAUCCAUACGUGUGUAAAUAUGAUCUCACGCCGUCUACAUACACAACACAGUCACCGACGACUUUAUCGGCUACGACAUUACACACGUCAACAGCUGCAACUACAACAAUACCUACUAAGUCGUCUACCACACCAUCGACCACUAGUAGAUCUCUUACAGCCACUAGAGAUCGUUCUACAACCACAACUAGAAAUUCUGCCACGAUUCUUACAGUUACAUCGCAAUCUACUUUAAGACCAACAACUCUCUUGUUACCAACUACUCCUGAAGUCAGCUCAAAAUCGUCUAUCAAUGUUUCUACGCAUGCGUCAUCAACAGAGAUUACAAGACAAGCUACAUCUACAACCAGCGAGGCAGGAAUGCUUACUGCUCGUGCUAGUUCCACAAAAACUAUAGGGACGGAGCAUACACCAACUUCUCUUGAUCGAGAUACCCCAACGUCAGCAGACAAGACGGUAGUAGCGGGCGAAACAAAAACAAGUUCAUCAAACAGCGCAUUAUACGCUGGAGUUGCAGCUGCAGUGGCUGUCACUGUGUUAAUCGCAUCUGUAAUACUGGCGUGUCUUUUCUGGAAAAGAAGAAAAAGCAAGCACCGUUCCGAGACAUCUCAAACGCAUUCGGCAGGUGGAUGCCACUUUAAUAACCAUGGCUUAGCUACACUGGACAAUAACGUUUAUUGUGAUCCUACAGCAGCCGUUUACUGUGAUCCUACAGCAACCGUUUCCCAUGAUCCUACAAAACCAACGAUGAUAAACAAACCAACAGAAGCAUUAAUCCAAAUGCUUGAAAGUGAGAAUCAAUAUUUAGCUUGCGCCUUUAGAGACUACCUACAAACACUGCAAUCGAGUAACCGACAACAAACAAACGAUGACGCCACGACAACAACUAGAGACGAGGAUGGAUCUUACCAAGCAAGACUAAUAAAUGUGGCACCAGCAGAAUAUGCAGAAAUUGUUGGUAAAGGUUUUGAUAUUGAAAGCCCAGAGACUGCGUACGAGAGUUUAGUCGAACAACCACAAGCAAUUACAACGACAGAAGCAAACACACAAUGUUACCAAAAUGUGGCAUUUGGCGAAGACUCAGAGUUGGCUGCUGCAGAUGUCACAGAAGGAGAGCAAGAUAUAUUACCAACGUUACUGAGUGCAGAGGAUGAGGAUACGUAUUGUGAACCGGCUUCCACAGAACAGGAACUAUAUGGGCAACUCGAAGGGCAUCGAUUCAGACAGAUCUACAGGUGUGACGUCACCAACAUGGAAAACAUCGGAUCCGGAGCAUUUGGUUUCGUAGAGAAGGCAGUGUGGAGAGCGAAUGAUAGAGAGAAUAUUGCAGUGGCGGUGAAGACUCUGAAGAAUGAGGCUGAUGCUAGUGAUCGCGUCAAGUUUCUUCGGGAGGCAGUGAUCACGGGUCAAUUCCGUCAUCGAAACCUAAUUCGUCUGUAUGGUGUUGUUAUCGUUGGAUCCCCAAUAAUGCUGGUCUUGGAAUACAUGCAGAAUGGUGAUCUGAAGAAUUAUCUUGAGAAACACAGACUAGAAUCCGUCGGGAAGUGCUGUUUCACGGGUUUUGACAAAAUUCUGUUGAAAAUGUGUCGUGAUAUUGCAAACGGAAUGGAAUAUCUUUCGCGCAAGUCUUUCGUUCACAGGGAUGUAGCUGCAAGGAACGUUCUGCUGGACAGUAAGCUGACGUCAAAGAUCGCAGAUUUUGGAAUGGCACGUGACGUGUCUGGCGACACUUACUACACAAUUACAGGCGGGAAAUUGCCCAUAAAAUGGUGUGCUCCUGAGAUUUGGAACUAUAAACGUUUCUCGACUGCCAGUGACGUGUGGAGCUAUGGAGUUGUUCUCUAUGAAGUGUGGUCGGUAGGACUACGUCCAUUUGGUUAUAUCAACAAUAGUGAGGUGAUGAAGAAGGUUGAGAUUGGCUAUCGUCUUCCUCCUCCCCCAGGGUGUUCUCGUUCUCUCUAUCAUCUUAUGAUUGACUGUUGGCACCCUGAUAGUCAUGAGAGACCAAGUUUUGGAAAUAUCGUGCAGAGGCUCGCGACAGCUGACGAAUUCCUUUUGAGUAACAGAAAUGGAGAGGCUCUAAUUGAAGGAAAACUCGGAGACGAGCUGAACGUGUCAGAAAACUGCUACACAGACUUGCAACACAUUUACAAAAAAUACUGAUCAUACAACACAACGUCGGUAUUUUUGCAAGAUAUUGACUGUACACCUUUGUAUAGCUGCUGACUGCGUUAUAAUUAAAAUUUUCAAAUAUUUUAAAUUUUGGUUAGCUGACUAUUAUUGUAAUUGGAGAGACUUUGCACUAUGUAUAAGUAUAAAUUAGACAAAUAUUUUUAAUUUGACGUUUGUUGAAAGAAUUUGCAUUACAAAUUAUAAUACUAUGGUGGU